CUUGUUGCUUUUCUGGUCGCCACUCCCCCGGCCGGCCUGACAAGACGCGCCAGGAGCGCGGCACCGAUUCCUCUCGGGCUCGUGGGCGCUGCUCUGAGCAGCGUCACCCUUUAUACCAGAAAGCUGGCGGGCACUAUGGGGAAAAAACAAAACAAGAAGAAAGUGGAGGAGGUGCUAGAAGAGGAGGAAGAAGCAUAUGUGGUGGAAAAGGUUCUCGAUCGUCGAGUGGUAAAGGGCAAAGUGGAAUACCUCCUAAAGUGGAAGGGGUUCUCAGAUGAGGACGACACAUGGGAGCCAGAAGAGAACCUGGAUUGCCCUGACCUCAUUGCCAAGUUCCUACAGUCACAGAAAACAGCACACGAGACAGAUACAUCAGAGGAGGGCAAGCGCAAAGCUGCUUCUGAUUCAGAAGACAAGGGGGAGGAGAGCAAACCAAAGAAGAAGAAAGAAGAGUCAGAAAAGCCACGGGGCUUUGCCCGGGGUUUGGAACCGGAGCAGAUUAUUGGAGCUACAGACUCCAGUGGAGAACUCAUGUUCCUGAUGAAAUGGAGGAAUUCUGAUGAGGCUGACCUGGUCCCUGCCAAGGAAGCCAAUGUCAAGUGCCCACAGGUUGUCAUAUGCUUCUAUGAGGAAAGGCUGACGUGGCAUUCCUACCCCUCGGAGGAGGAUGACAAAAAAGAUGACAAGAAUUAACUCUCCUGAGUCCC